CUAACUUAUUUCUACUUCCUGUGACUAAAAAUGAAAAAAUAUUUUUAGAAUUUGUUAUUUUGGCUUCAUAUUGAAGUUUUGAGAGUUCUAUAUUUGAUAUUAUCACAGGAAUUCAAUUCUCCUAAGUAUUUUCUAUUAAACGUUAGUAAUUGUUUGAUGUUAUCAAUUAUUGAAUUUAGCAGUUAACUUUCAAGUUUUUCAUCAUCAUUCACCUGUUCACCUAGACUCUUCUCCCCCUUACCAGUUCCUACACUGAUGUUUCCUGCCUGACUGUGAUCCUCCUAAUUUGGGAGAAGGCAAGAUAGCAGGCAUGUGCAGCCACAGUUCAUUUAUUUAAAGAAAUGGGAGCAAAUGUUUCAUUUGUAGAGGGAAGCCAGUCUUGCACUGGGUCACCUUCUAAGCUGCAAACAUUUUCACGACUUGCACACUCUUACACAGUAUCAGAUACAGACCUUGCAGGAAAGGAUAAAAAGAAAAAAGCUUCUAAAUUUGCCACUCUUAGAAAGAAAUUGAUAAGAGCAAGAAGGCACAGUAGAUCAUGUGACUAUGGACGUGCCCUUAGAGAAUUUAUCUCUUCAUGGUCUGUACGUGACAUAAGCACAUUGAUUCAUGAAUAUGAGGCUCUUAUAGCAAUGAAAGAGUUAGCAAUCACAACAAAUUUAGCCCGUCCACCAGCAAAUUCAUUUAGACAUGACUUUUCCCAUUUGUAUGAUUUUAAAUUUUGUACAGAUAUUGAUUUAGUCUACAAAGGUGUAUGCUUUCCUGCACAUCGUGCUCUACUGUCUAUUAGGAGCCCAUUCUUUAGAGACAUUCUAUCUAGAAACCAUGAAUCAUUUCCACAAAUUCCCAUCAAAUUACGCACACAUGGAGUAGACAUAGUACUUUUCUCAGUUUUACUUCGAUAUCUCUAUACAGAUACAUUAAGUCACGAUGAACUUCAUAUUGAGAAUCGUGAUAUUUUACUUAAAGUUGCCACAGAGUUAGGAAUGCCAAAUCCCUUAGAUCAGGAUUUACAGACGUUGCUAGACACGGGAGAUUAUAGUGAUGCUGUUUUAGUGUUUUCUAGUGAGUUGGAUUUAAAUGAAAGUUUUUCCUCAGAGGCUGGUUCCUCCGAUGGGUUUAGCAGAACUAAAUAUGAACUUCCUUGUCACAAGGCAGUUCUUGCAGCCAGGUCUCCUUUCUUCAGAAACUUACUUUUAAGGAGGGCAAGAUCUGGUGAAGAUUUGACAGAUUACGCAUUGAAUGCACCAACAAGAAUUGUGUUAGAUGAUUCUGUGAUUCCAAGACGAUAUGCUCGUGUUUUAUUACAUGCUAUUUAUCUAGAUGUAGUGGAUUUAUCAUUGAUAAUGCGGGGUAGUGCAAGUAUGUGUAGUUUAAGCGAGGUUCAAGCAAUAGUUGCAGGAAAAGGACAGAUGACUGUAGUUGAUGAAGCAAUGGAAAUGUAUCAAAUUGGACAGUUUCUUGACAUACCAGCUCUUUCUCAAGGUUGUGAAGACAUCAUUGCUGAUAAUAUCACUGUAGACAACCUUAUCUCAGUGUUGACAUGGAGUGCAGAGCCUCAUGGGUCCAGCUGGGUAUCGCGCCAGGCAUUGCACUUCCUUAGGGAGGAGUUUAUACAAGUGGCAAACUCUCCUGUACUUUUUGAACUCAGCAAAUCUCAUCUCAUUGAAACUCUCAGUUCAGAUCUCCUGCAGGCAGGGGAACUUGAUGUAUUAACAGCAGUCAUGAAAUGGGGAGAACAUCAUUUGGUGCGGAGAAUUGAGAAGAGAGAGCCCAAUUUAUUAAGUCAUACUGCUCAUAGUGUCAGUAAGAAAGGGGUUAAGCGCAGAGAUCUAAAUGAUGUAGAACUACGUGAUAUUCUUGCUGAGAUACUGCCAUUAGUCAGAAUGGAUCAUGUCUUACCACACAACAGCGAUAUACUGACAAGUGCAAUUAGGCGUGGAUUGGUGAGCACCCCGCCUAGUCAUAUGAUCAGUGAUGAUGGAGGAACGAAUCAAAUUGCGUCGGCAUGGAUACCUGGAAAAAACAGCGGGAUGUUCACAAGACCAAGACUCUUUACACCUUAUUAUGAAGAAGCAAAAAGUGUCUUAGAAGACAGACAGAUGUCUGGUCAGGAUCACGAAUUGGCUCGGGUCAGACCAAUCCAGAUAUCCUCUAUACCUGACACACUGUACAUGGUAGAAGAUCCACAAUAUAUACAACAGUUCAUGACCUACAAUCCUUCACCAUUACAUAACAUUGACAUUGUAUCAGGGACCAUACCAGUGCCUACUUCUGAGAUGUUGCGGUUAAUGAUACAGAGGGAGCAGGAACUCCAGUCAUUACCACAAGUACAGAGGGCAUUCAGUCAAUCAUUCAUUGACCGACGAUCAGUCAUGUGUCAGAUUAAGCUUAGAGUGGUUCGCGAGUUUGGCUGGCCAGAUGCUACAGUAGAUGUACUUCAGAACAUGCAAUAUUACUAUGAUAAUGAACGUGUCCCAGGAUUUGUUGACAGAAAUUAUCACGCAACCCCGUCCAAACGACCACCCAGUCCUCGCCUUCAAUUACGUAGACGUAAAACUGCACCAACAAAGCCUGUUCAAUGUGUUUCUCCAUUGUCAUCACCUACAAAAACAUACAGACCACCACUGAUAGAGUCUCCGUCCAGUAGUCCAAACAGUGACCAUGACAACAGUCGCAGUGCCACCUUAAGUAGUAAUCGCAGCACACUUAGUGACACAAUGCCAGAUAUUGCCAUGGCAACAGCAUCUGUAAAUCAGCUUCAACUUCAGGAUGAAUAUGGUCCAGAUAUUGGUGAUGAAGGGGCCAGUAGACACGGAACACUUUAUAUUUAGAUUACUUAUUCAUUGAAUAGCACAUUGUAUUUAGGUUUAUAUUCUAUAAGCUCUGUAAUUUUACUUUAACAGUGAAACUUGUUCUACAAAUGAUAGUCUCUACUGCUCCACAACUUGCAGUAGAAGGGUACAUUAUUUUCUGUUCUGGUAUAAUGAAUUUAAAAUCUGUUGGAUGUAUUGUAUAAUUAGUCCCCUACGGGUUUAACCGGAGGGGACUUUAGGUUUACCCUUCGUCCGUCUGUCCAUCCGUCUGUCAGUCCGUCCGUCCACAAAACUGGAUCCCGCGAUAACGCAAAAAGUACUGAAAAUAUUUUUAUGAAACUUGAUAUAUGGAUAGAUGGCAGUAUGGUGAUUAUGCACGUAUUUUUCUUUUCUUCCUAUGUUGAAAAUUCUGGUUGCUAUGGCAACAAAUAGUCUGAAAAUAUGGCAAAUUUAACACAUAAACUGGAUCCAGUGAUAACUCAAAAAGUACUGAAAAUAUUU